AAUAACUCCAACCCUGCGCUUGACAUUACUACUACCAAUGAAAAGGAACAACGGUGCAGUAAUCAACGGCGCCGUUUUUGUUUGGUUUCUUUGCAUGAUCAAAUUGGUCCUUGCCAACACGAAGUCCCCAUCCCAUAUUCUUAUUCCCUCAUUUUAACAGAACACUGACCUGAAGCUAGCCGCAAUUCCGUGAAAACGCUCAAAAAGUAAAAACUUUGAUCCACGACAGCAAGGACUUUCUAGGGUUUGUCCAUAUCGGUAAGCGAUGGCGAUGGCUGCUCUCAGACGCGAAGGGAGGCGUUUCGCCCCUCUGAUCUCUCCCCGCCCAAUCACCGCCGUCCGAUCCUCUCCUCCCGCUCUCUCUCACGAGGAUGAGGGUCCUAUUGGAGUUCGUUAUGUUUCGACUCAAGUUGUUAGAAACAGGAUGAAGAGUGUCAAGAGCAUUCAGAAAAUCACAAAAGCAAUGAAGAUGGUUGCAGCCUCAAAGUUGAGAGCAAUUCAAACUAAAGCUGAGAAUUCCCGUGGCCUCUGGCAGCCAUUUACUGCACUUCUCGGUGAUCUUCCCAGUGUUGAUGUCAAGAAGAACGUUGUUGUGACCAUCUCUUCUGACAAAGGUCUCUGUGGUGGAAUUAACUCUACAUCUGUCAAGAUAAGCAAGGGGCUCCACAAGUUGAACUCUGGUCCUGAAAAAGAAACAAAAUAUGUUAUUUUGGGAGAGAAGGCAAAGGCUCAAUUGGUUCGUGACUCUAAGAAGGACAUUGAGUUGAUCAUAACCGAGCUGCAGAAGAAUCCUUUGAGCUACACUCAGGUCUCUGUUCUUGCUGAUGAGAUCUUAAAGAAUGUGGAGUAUGAUGCUUUAAGGAUUGUCUUCAACAAGUUUCACUCAGUAGUUUCAUUUGUGCCAACAGUGUCAACUGUAUUAUCACCUGAAAUUGUUGAAAGGGAGGCUGAAUCUGGGGGUAAGCUUGGUGAUCUAGACUCCUAUGAAAUUGAGGGUGGUGAGACAAAGGGCGAAAUACUUCAAAAUCUGUCUGAGUUCCAGUUCUCUUGUGUCAUGUUUAACGCGGUGUUGGAGAAUGCUUGUAGUGAGCAAGGAGCAAGGAUGUCUGCUAUGGAUAGCUCGAGCAGAAAUGCUGGAGACAUGCUUGAUCGCCUUACUCUUACAUAUAACAGAACCCGUCAAGCUUCUAUCACCACUGAGUUGAUUGAGAUUAUAUCUGGAGCAUCAGCACUGGAGGGUUAAUUUGAAAAAUUUUACUGCUAGAUUUUUCUAUUUUUCUGAUGGUGAUGAAAUAAAAUCACAGUGCCCUCCUUUCCUUCAGACUUCAUGGUGCUACUUUUUGAAUGUUUUGUUGAGCUACUGCAAUAAUCCCCUAGUGUUAAAACAAAAUUCAUAACUGGGAAUCAAAAUUACAUUUAUGAUGAUUUCAGCAGUCGUUUGAUUCGUUCUUUCUUGAAAUAUGUACCUGAGUAUGCAAAACAGAAAUUCCAUAAUAUUGGAAGGCUUUUCCCGUGUAAAAUAUUCACUUGUAUCCCUUGCUCUUUAUCGCUAUUUUCUUCCAUCAUUCCAUUUUCCUCUCAUCAUAUGUAAUGUAAUUAUUCUCGGGAAAUUCAGAUGUUGAUACUA